AUGCAUUCUCAACAACGUCCAGGACAGAUGGGCCGACAUGCCUAUGGGACUGUACCUAGCGGGCACAUUCGUCGCCCAGGUCCACACUCCACUCAACAACAACAACCACACGGACCACGUGCGCCUCAGCCCGCUGCCCAAAAAAAGAGACGAUACGCUGAUAAAUGUAUUCAUCCCAAGAUACGAGAGUUGGAACCUGAUGCAGAAAACUACAUGGCUCUUCUUGUCUCUGAACAGAAAUUGGAUGCAACACUUUCGCGAAAAAGGCUGGAUAUUCAAGAGGCUCUGAAGCGUCCCGCCAAAAUCAGAAGACGUCUCCGAGUAUACAUCUCUCAUACUUUCAUCGAAGAAAAGCAACCAGACAGGGAGCAUGAUGCUGCUUCAUUGCCAAUGUGGGAACUUCGUGUUGAAGGACGUUUGCUUGAUGAUCAAAUAACCGCCCCGCCGGUUCCAGGACAGCGACAGCUCCCCAAGAAGAAGUUCAGUUCAUUCUUCAAAUCUCUAGUCAUUGAACUUGACAAGGAUAUGUACGGUCCGGAUCAACAUCUUGUCGAGUGGCAUCGUACACCUCAAACAAAUGAGACGGAUGGAUUCCAAGUAAAACGAGCCGGGGACCGCCCCGUGAAAUGCCGGAUUCUUCUUUUACUCGACAACAUACCCUUGAAAUUCAAACUUCAUCCGCGUCUUGCCAAAGUGCUUGGUAUUGCUGCAGAUACUAGACCAAAGAUUAUUGAGGCUCUUUGGCAUUACAUCAGAACGCAUGGUUUACAAGAUAAUCAAGACCACGACUAUAUCAAUUGUGAUGCAUUUCUGAAACAAUGUUUCGGUGUAAACCGAUUAAGAUUUAUGGAAGUUCCAAACAAAUUGCACCAUCUCCUUCAGCAAAUCGAUCCACUUGAGUUUAAUCACAUCAUUCAAAGACCCCGAGAUGGUCAAGAUCAGGUUUCGACUUGCUACGAUAUUGAAGUGGAAAUGGAAGAUCCAGUGAAACAAUAUAUGGCUGCUUUCGUUCAUAAUCCAUCAUUCGCAACUGAUAUUCAGAUGCUCGAUCAAAAGUGCUACGACAUCAUCGAACAGCUAAAUGAGCUGAAAACCCGUCGUGAUUUCUAUGCUAGAUUCUACACAGACCCAACUGGAUUCGUCAAAAAUUGGUUAAUGAGCCAGAGUUCAGAUCUGAAGAUGUUGAACGAUGUGAAUGGAGAUGUUGAAGCUGAAAGAUUCGCAGCAGCCUAUACAGGACCAUUAACUGAAGAAGGUGUACAACGUUACAUGUACCAAAAGGUGAACCAAAAACGACACGAGUUGGAGCAAAGCCUCGGAGUUCGUCCUAAUUGA